CUCCUCUCUUUUUGGAGGAGAGUGUGGUUAUCCUGAAGUCUCUCAUCCCAGGAGAGCCGCGCAGAACAAGACAAACCCUACUCGUAGCCCAGACGGGAACGCUGAAGGACAGGAGCCUCCUGCCUCCCCGGUUGCCAGGUAAAGAAUCAGAGCACUGAAGAAUCUUGAUCUACCCAUCGCUUGAAUUUUCCUUGUGAUUAGAAAAUACUGUUGAUGCCACUUAUAUAAGGAAGGUGAAUUUAGAGAAAAAGAAGAUAUCUUGAACCACAUCACCAACAUUCCCCCGGGACUAAAAUGGCAAAAGAAAGUCAACAUCAGGCACUAGCAGCACUACCAGGUACCACUGCCGCUACUGCAAUAGCAAAUAAUGCCACAGAACUAGCGAUACCCGGAGGAGGAAAAGGCGGUGCAAAAGAAGAUGCAUUUUCAAAGUUAAAGGAGAAAUUUAUGAAUGAACUAACCAAAAUUCCAUUGCCACCUUGGGCCUUAAUAGCCAUAGCCAUAGUUGCCAUCCUAUUAGUCCUUACCUGCUGUUUCUGUCUGUGUAAGAAAUGCUUGUUCAAAAAGAAGAACAAGAAGAAGGGCAAGGAGAAGGGAGGGAAGAAUGCAAUUAACAUGAAAGAUGUAAAAGAUUUAGGCAAGAACUUGAAAGAUCAGGCCCUUAAGGAUGAUGAUGCUGAAACUGGAUUGACUGAUGGAGAAGAAAAAGAAGAAGCCAAAGAAGAUGAGAAAUUAGGGAAAAUCCAAUAUUCCUUGGAUUAUGACUUUCAGAACAAUCAGCUUCUGGUAGGGAUAAUUCAAGCUGCUGAGCUGCCUGCUUUAGAUAUGGGUGGUACGUCUGAUCCAUAUGUGAAGGUUUUCCUGCUUCCUGAUAAGAAAAAGAAAUAUGAGACAAAAGUUCACAGGAAAACCCUUAAUCCUGUCUUCAAUGAACAAUUUACAUUCAAGGUGCCAUAUUCUGAACUGGGAGGAAAAACUUUAGUGAUGGCAGUAUAUGACUUCGACCGCUUUUCUAAGCAUGAUAUUAUUGGAGAAUAUAAAGUUGCCAUGAACACUGUAGAUUUUGGUCAUGUAACUGAAGAAUGGCGAGAUUUGCAGAGUGCUGAAAAAGAAGAGGUAAGACAACUAUAUCCUGUGUUAGAAUUCAUUGAGUUUUAUGCUCGGCUUCUGUGUUUCAUUCAUUAA